AUGCAGCGCCCAAGUGAGCAGCAGCAGCAGCUGCUGCAGCUGCAGCAGGAGCUGCAACAACAGGAGGAGCAGCAGCAGCAGGAACUCUACGCCGGCGAGCCCCAAGAAGGUGGCCCGCAGCAGCGGGAUGAGGAGGGGAAGCAGCAAGAGCAGCAGCAGGAACAGCAGCACGAGGAACAGCAGCAGCAGGAACAGCAGCAGCCCGAGCAGCAGCAGCAGGAGCAGCAGGGAGAGCAGCAAGCAGGUGCCUGCGACGGCAGCCAGCAGCACAAAGUGGGCCUCAGCAACGACGAUGGGGGCCUCUUGAUGCUGCAGCAGCAGCUGCAGCAGCAGCUGCAGCUGCAGCAGCAGCAGCAGCAGGAACCAGCGCUAAAGCAGGAAAACCCCGCACUCUCUCAGGACGGGCCGGCUCAGGAACGGCUGCAGCAGCUGCAGCAGCUGCAACAGCACCAGCUGCAGCAGCUGCAGCAGCAGCAGCUGCAGCACCACAACCUGCAGCAGCAGCAUCACCUGCAGCGGCACCACUUGCAGCAGCAGCAGAUGAAGCAGCAGCAGCAAGAUGCUUAUGAGUCCAGCAGCAGCCCAAGAGCUCCGGGCGAUGACUUUGCAGAGUUCUCUAAAGGAGAGAGGGAUGUGUUUGCUGUCUCAGGGGAAGGAACAGAGCCCCAGCUGCAGGCUGAGCCGCAGCAGCUCGUGCUGCAGCAUCUGCAGCACCUGCAGCAGCUGCAGCAGCUGCAGCAGCUGGCGUCAGAUGUGCUGUGGACCAACGACAACAGACAGCAGCAGACGCUGUCUUCCUUGGGGCCCGAUUACGUGCUGAAGCUCUUGCUUCUUCAGCAGCAGCUGCAGCAGCAGCAGCAGGUCUCCAUCUCUGUUGAACUGAACCCAAGUGAGUGGCCUGUCGUGGCCCUGGAGGAGAAGCGGGUACAUUUUCCUUCGAUUUGCUGCAGCAGCAGCAGCAGCGGCAGCACCGGCGGCAGCAGCAGCGGCAGCAGCAGCAACAGCAGCAGGAAGCGCAACCCUCAGGUCCUUUUCUUCAAAAAAAUAUCCACAAAAAACAAAUAUACAGAUGUACGCGCGAGGCCGCAUGCAAAUGUCACUUUGUGGGGUCCACAGCAGCAAGCCCCGACAGCAGCAGCAGCGGCAGCAGCAACUGCUGCCGUAGCACCUGGGAUCAAGCCUGCCUUCAGAGAAAGCAGCGGCCUCUCGACGGGGCGCCAAAUGGCAGAUAAGCCCCAGAUAAGGCGGCGCUACGCCGACAGCCAGGCGGGCGGCUUGCAGCCCCGUCGAGGCUUUCCUGAUGCUGCAGACUUGCAGCCGCAGCAGCAGCAGCAGCAGCAGCUGCAGCAACCAGUGGAGCAGCAGCAACAGCUAUUCCAGCAGCAAAGCCCUGGACAGGUUCCGGAGCCUCAGCAGCAGCCGAUUUACGGAAAUGUGUCGGCAGCAGGGCCUCCGCAGCAACAGGUGUAUGCGCCUCAGCAGCAGCAGCAGCCAUUCAGGCAGCAGCAGCCGCAGCAGAUCUAUGGGCAGCAGCAGCAAUUCAGGCAGCAGCAGCAGCAGGCCUAUGGGCAGCAGCAGCAGCAGCAUCCGCAGCAGCCGUACGGGUGUGACGCUGGAGACGCCAAGGGCGGCUCCAUGAGACUCUCGGGGGGCCGUGUGCUUCCUGGGUCGCAGCAGUUUCAGCAGCAGCAGCAGCAGCAGCAGCCGCUGCAGCCGCCGCUGCAGCAGCAGCAGCAGCUGCCGCAGCAGCACAGGGCCCCCUACGGGCAGCAGCCCCAGCCCUACCCUCAGCAGCAGCAUUACCAGCAGCAGCUGCAGCAGCAGCCCUACUACGCGGUGGGGGGCCCCGUGGAGAGGCCCAGGGCCCCCCAAGUCCGGGGGCCCCCCGUGAGGCCCCCGGGGGGCCCCCUAGAGGGCCCCCAGGCAGCAGAUGGGUCAUAUUACUAUGGGGCAAACAAGGGAGACUUUCAGCGCAAUGAGGCCCCUCUAGCCGGUGCUGCUGCGCAGUACGAGGCCCAUGGGGGCUUCCCGGGGGGCCCCAUGGGGGGCCCCAUGGGGGCCCCUAUGGGGGGCCCCAUGGGGGGCCAAGCAGGGACCCUUAGUGGGGGCCCCAUGGGGGGCCCCAUGGGGGGCGACGGGCAGCAGGGCCCCCGUGGUGGAGGUUUGUUUUCGUUGAAGAGUGUACUGCGUCUCUUCAGUGCGCAGCAGCAGGAGCCAGACACAGCAGCAGCAGCAGCAGCAGCAGCAGCAGGGCCCCAAGACGAGCCAGAAGACCCGUUUGAAAAUGAGCCGCCGCUGCUGGAAGAGUUGGGGAUAAACCCUCAAGACAUUUGGCGACGCAUGAAGGCUGUUUUGCUCUUUAGCAAAGCCGACCACGAGCUGCUCAAGGACAGCGAUUUGUGCGGCCCCCUUUUGAUUGCCAUAUUUCUCGCAGUUCUUCUUUUCCUAGCUGGCAAGGCGACGUUCGGGUGUCUGUACGGCAUGAGCAUCAUAGGGUCCAUUUCCACUUAUUUGCUGCUCAAUUUAAUGUCAAGAGGGGAAGGCAUCGACAUAUACCGCACAGCUUCGAUCUUGGGCUAUUCUUUGAUUCCCGUGACAGCAGUUGCGCUGGCCACUCUCUUCAUCAAAAGAAAUGUUUUAAUUCGCUGCGCUGCUGCUGCUCUGGGGGUCGGCUGGGCCACUUACACGGCCUCUGCGUUCUUCGAAGCGGCGCUGCGUUUGGAAGAGCAGCGGGUCUUGGUAGGGUAUCCGAUUUUUUUACUGUACGCCUCCUUCACCAUCCUCACCCUCUUUUAG